CGGGGCAGCGGGCGCAGCCAUGUCCUUCUGCUCCUUCCUGGGGGGAGAGGUGUUCAAGGAUCACUUCCAGCCGGGUAUUUACGUGUGUGCCAAGUGUGGCCAUGAGCUGUUCUCCAGCCGAGCCAAGUACGAGCACUCGUCGCCGUGGCCAGCGUUCACCGAGACCCUGCGCGGGGACAGCGUGGCCAAACGCGAGGAGCGCCCGGGGGCUUUAAAGGUGACGUGUGGCAAGUGUGGCAACGGGCUGGGCCACGAGUUCCUCAACGAUGGGCCCAAGAGGGGCCAGUCCCGCUUCUGAAUAUUCAGCAGCUCGCUGAAAUUCGUCCCGAAAGGUAAAGCUGACAACGACCUGAAGGAGAAGUAAGCGAGCUGCUGUGCCUGGCACUGCCCUGGGCUGAUCCUGCCUUCACUCCUGGCUUCACACAGCAGGGAAACCCCAGGGAAGCUCCUGCUUCGAGUUUUUCCCUGAUUUCCUGGACACGGUUUCCCCUUGAUUUCCCUGCCAAGCUUUCAUUCCCUGAUUUCCCUGCCAUGGUUGCCUCUGUUUUUUUCCCUGUUCCAGUUCCCCUCGAUUUCUCUGUCACGGUUCCUCCCUGGUUUCCCUGGUCCAGCUCCUCCUUGGGGCUGUUCCAGCUGCAUCCAAGGAGCUCCUGUGCCUGUGCUCAGCUCUGGGGAGGCUUUGCUGCUCUUUUCAGCGAGGCAGGACAGUGUCCAGACCCCAGGCAGGCACUGAUGCAAUCCAGGCUCUGCUGGCACUUCCAGGGAGUAACUCGGGAUUAGCUGAGGUCAGGGGCUGGGUUAAUCCCUGGAGCUAUUCUGGGCUGGGAUCAUGGUAUGAACUGCCCUAUAUAAACCUCCAAGGGUGCUGGGGCAGGGAUGUUUUAUGGUCCCACUGGGCAGCAUCCAGGUGUUUUCCCCCUGUGCUCACCUUGCACAUGGCAGGGACGGUUCCACAUCAUCAUCCUCCACUCUGCUCUGGCCUUACACCUGAUUGAGCACUGUGCAAUUAAUUCCAGGGGCACUCAGGUUCCUCCUGGCUGUGCCCUGGUGGCAGGGAGGCUGUGCUUGGCACUGCUCAGGCUCCAGGAAUCAUGUCUGUGCUGCCAAGUGCUGCCACACUGAUUCUCCUUAAUCCAACACCUCAUUGGUGGCCUUCCCUCCCUGUGCCAGGAGCCAAAUGCUCCUCUGGAAUGGACACACAAGGAUCUCCGAAGAGGGGAAAGGCUGUUGUGGGGUUUAGAGGGGCUGUGCUGCUCUCAGGGACACGUUGGGGGCUUUUCUCUCCACGUGUUCUGCCUCAACCCCACGGAUCCGAGGGCACCAGGGGAAGUUUGCCUCACCAGCUCCUUCCCUGGAGCUCACUGCUGGUCUUGUACCUCUCCAUGCUGAAAAUAAAGCACUGAUUCACUGUG